AUGGACGAGAAGCGGAUCGAGAAGGACUUCCUUGCGGCCCGCCCACCGUUGGCCUACGCCAAGCUCCAGGGUAUGAUCAACGAGGAACAGUCGUUCGAGGCCUUCAUCACGCAGCUGCCCGUCGAGUUUGGCCGUGGCGCGCAGGCGGGCCAGGCCGCGGGGCGCAUUGGCCUUGGUGACCUCAUGUCCGUGUCUCGCCAACAUGCGUCAAUCGACUGGAACGCGGAGCGCAGUUGCUUUGAGCUUACGUGCUUGGGAAAGAAUGGCAUGCACGCUGGCGGCAAGCGAAUCGAGCAAAAGGAGGUCGUCGUGCUCACGCCCAAGAUGCCAUUGCGCAUUGGUGGCGCUCGCAUCUACUUUUUGCCCGCGGUCAAGCCCUCGACGACAAUCAUGUCAGGUCUCAAGCUCAUUCAGAAGGCCUUUGAGAAGGCGAACCCGUCCAAGACGGCGGGUUUGAGCGUUGAUGAAGCGGUCGACGCCGUCUACAACUGCUUCAAGGACAUAGAUUACGAGGUCGGCGGACGGCAAAACUUGACGACGCUUGUCAAGUCCUACUUUGAGUGCCCCAACUCGUGCUUCAAGCGUGUGAGCGUUUCACCCGCCGGAGAGCUGCGCUACAUCCACAUUCGGCCGGAAGGGGCAGACGAGCCCAAGAAGCGCCAAGGCACUGCGUCUGCUGAAGGCAAGAAGAAGCAAAAGGUCGCGACGCAAGAGCCGCCGACACCGACGGUCGCUGCGACGCCUGCCGAGCCGGCACCGUAGGUGCAAACGUUGUAUAUUUUAAUCCUCAGGCACUUGGUACCCCACUGUACGAGCAGCG